AUGACUUCUGAGGAUGUCCCGGAUCCAUAUGCAGUGCUGCUUCAGCAGGAGCAGUCGAAGGCGGAUCCGGUGGCUAAGGCCAAAGACAUCCAAAGGCUGCUUUCAACUCUGCAGGUGCUGGUGUUGGAGCAGCAGCUGCAAUCGGAGAAAGAAAAGGUAGCUGAACUGGAGAAGCGGCUUCAGCAAGGAAACAGUCAGGCUCCUGAGGCCUGCGGUCGACGGCAUGCGAGCCCGGAAGAUCUGGGAGUGAGCGUCCUCUACCUUUGCUCGUUCGUCCAGGAGCUCGAAUCUCAGGGGCUCCCUGCGAGUUCCAGCCUCCAGGAUGCGCAGGCCCAGAUCAAGCAACGAAUCGACGACGCCACACGCCAGGGUGGCGAGGCUGCAGCCUCCUACGUCUCGCUGCUAGAAGGCGGAGAAGACACUGGUCCUGCUACUCACUACUUGUGCUGUGCUUCUACUGCCUCGCUCUGUGACCUCGUCGACGCUUUGAAGUCCCACUGUGAAGAUGCGGGCUUGCAGAUGGGCAGCACCUACGUGUGGCCACUUGGCUCUUGGUGCGAUUUGUCGGCAGAGCAGACAUCAGUUGAGUCUGCAAGUCGGAUGCGACGCAUUGGCCGCGUGUGGCUGCUUCUGCCGCCUUGUGACAUCGCCUCCUUCACAGGAUCCAGCUCGUGCCUCUCGGAGCUGAAAUUGGCCACGUCCCUCGAGAAAGAGGGCCUCGAAGUGAGGCUGCUGGCUUCUCCGCAGCAGGUCCAGGAGCUUGGGAAGGUGGUUUCAGAAGGGGGCUGCACACCGGAGUGGCAAAGCUGGGCAGGCUUGAACUUGGACCAAGCACUGCACAGGCGCCUCCGCUGCUGGGUGGGCACACUGGCAGAAGGCUGGCUACGCCGGAAGCUGCUGGAAGGUUCGCUUGCAGAAGAUUCUUCACCUGCAUGGGCCUGCGAUGCCGUAGGUUGGCUGCUGCGGGAGGUCUCGCUGCACCAGAAGGCCGAAAGCUUGCUGCAAGAUGGCUUGCAACUGGCCUUGAGCGGCGACCGAAGUGCACUGCUGAGCAGCCCCGGCACUGGCCCCGGCCGCCGUUGCACGGAGCUCCGGCAGUCAUACGAGGCCACCAGGAGAGCACAUGAGCAGAUGGGUACCCUCGAAACAGCCACUGGCAUCCAACUCCUCGAGUCUAUCGGCGCAGUGCGAUGGAGUGCUGGUGAUGCCACAGGAGCUGCAGAUGCGCUGCAGGAAGCGCUGCGCAUUCGCCGCGUUAACCGAAGCAUCGAGAGCGCAGAGGGAGCUAUGUUGCUUCGCAACUUGGGCAUCAUCCUUCGGAUGCGUGGGGACCUGGAUGGCGGACUCGAGGCCUUGGCCGAGGCGAAGCGCAUUCGGGAAUGCACUGGCAGCUUGUUCGGGGCUGAUGGUGUCGUGCUACUGCUGAACUUGGCCUUUGCCAGAGCCGACCGUGGCGACCACAAAAGUGCUUUGGAGGCCUUUGAGGAAGCCACCACACUGUUGGGCGCUGGCUCUGCAUGCUCCUGCGAAAGCCAUGAGGAUGAGGCUCUUCCAGAGCCACUCGAGAAUACUCCAUGUGGCGCCAGUCUGUUCGCUGCCAUCGGGGUCUCUCGGGGCAACUGCGGCAAUCAGGCAGGCGCACUAAGUGCAUACAAACAUGCCGAGCUGAUUCGCCAACGUACCAAAACACUUCGCACACCAGCUGGCGCCGUCCUUUGUCGCAAUCAGGGCGUGGCACUCCUGGCUCUGGAUGAUGCCAAAGCCUCAUUGAAGAAGUUCCUUGAGUCGAAGGAAAUUCGCGAGCAGACAGGUUGCCUCGUGGGUCCUGCCGGGGCCAACCUCUUGGGCAGCCUGGCAUGGUCGCGGGUGCAGUGCGGUGACCUCGGCAAAUCCAUAGAAGACUGCCUCGAAGCCCACGAUCUACAUAAGAAGGCAGGCACUUUGCACACUCCUGGAGGGCGAGCUGUGGUCGAGAUGAUGAGAAGCCUCGAACGCCGGGCCUCUGCGGGUAGGCAAGACGAGCGAUAG